AUGCCUCCUCGCAAGCCCAGAUGCUCCUUCAAGGAGUGCAAGGAACAAGCUCAGCGCAUUGUCGGAGACUGCAGCUUCUGCAGUGGCCACUUUUGCUCCAAGCAUCGCAUGCUCGAAGCUCACGCCUGCUCCGGUCUGGAAGACUGCAAGAAGGAGUCCCACGCCCGCAAUGCCGAUAAGUUGAACAGCGAGCGUACACAGGUUAUCAAGGGUGUAUAA